AGUCUCUCCUUCACUGUCCGGUGUUAGGAGAAAAGAGAAAGAGAGGCAUGGCGAUGAGAGCAGCAGCGACGGCGGCGGCACCUCGCGGCCUGAGAAGGCUAUUCUCUUCCUUCCCUUUACCUCCUCCGCCGAGCACUUCUGCGACCACGGCUCCUCCUCCUGCCGAACCAUCGCCGAACCUCUUCGUCUCAGGGCUUAGCAAACGUACAACUUCUGAGGGACUUAGGGAAGCCUUUUCAAAAUUUGGGGAAGUGGUCCAUGCCAAAGUUGUGACUGACCGUGUUUCGGGGUAUUCCAAAGGUUUUGGUUUUGUACGAUAUGCCACUGUAGAACAGGCUGCUGAAGGUAUAAAGGGCAUGGAUGGCAAGUUUCUUGACGGAUGGGUUAUCUUUGCCGAGUAUGCAAGACCAAGAACACCAAGGCCACCUCCUGAGAAUGAUGGAAUUCCAUCUGGACGUCCAAUGUAUUGAAAUGGCUCAGUCAAGCAGUACUCUUUAUGAAUCCUAGUUCUCUAUUUUACCUCAAGAGAGCUUUGAUUGUUCAAUACCGGAAAAAAUGUACUUGUUGAGCAGUUGGUGCUAGGGACAUCUGAAUAGGCUGAAGGAAUGCAGAAAUAGCAAAUGAAUAGAUAUUGAGAAAUUAGCUAAAAUCUAUUGAUAGAACGAGGGGUGUUACAUGACAUGUUGCCUACUAAUUGACCUUUGGAGAGAUACUUGGUUUAAAAUUCCUUGCGCACAAAGUGCCGAAUGUCAUGGGAUCCUCUAUUCUGAUGGAUUUGUUCUAAAACUUGAAAUUAUUUCUGGAUUUGACAUGAAACUUGUUUGGUUGAUACUUGUGCUGAAUUAGGUGUUGAACCAAUUGUGGCGGUCCUAGCCCUUGUAGGAAAGGUCAGUCCGGUUCUGCUUCUCUUAACGAGGCCAAUAUUAUUUA